GUUUAGUACAAAUCAGAGCGUUUGAAUGACGCAGAAUUUACCGCGUAAUUCCUGUUCUUCCCUUCUUUUCGCUCAUCCAUUUCCUUUCCUUCUUUUCCUCUCUUUCCCUUCCUCUCUCGAUAUUCCAUCGUUCCUUUCAUUCGACCUAGUCGAAGAGUGUUAAGCGAUUGUGUUUUUACGAAAGAUUGUAGAGGUUAGAAUUCACACACGCGGUUAAAUGUAUUGCGUAUCGUCUCAAAGAAUUUUAAGGUGAAUUCGGUCAAUAUUAGAACGUAAUAAAAAUGAAUGUAGCAGACGGACCCGGAUUUUCUCGUUAUGAGAUCUUGUUACUCGCUGCAAGGCUUUCCUUUGUAACUGCUGUAGGAUUUUUUACGAUGAAAUGGUUCGUCCAUCAACUUGAUCCUACAAAUGCGGCUAAGAAAAAAGCUAAAAAAAAGACUCGAGAACAAUUACGUAAACUUGCGAAAUCAGAUGGUGUUAUAUUGUCCGUUGAUAUGGACCAAUUAACAGAUUAUGAAAUUGUAAUCGCUAGUCAUUUAGUUGAUCCACAAGAUAUCAAAGUAUCAUGGGAGAAUAUAGCUGGAUUGGAACACGUAAUCCAAGAACUUAAAGAGACAGUUAUACUGCCUAUACAAAAGAAAGAACUUUUUUUAAAUUCUCAAUUAACGCAAGCUCCAAAGGGUGUAUUGUUACAUGGGCCACCAGGUUGCGGCAAAACUAUGAUUGCAAAAGCUACUGCCAAGGAAACUAAAACUCGUUUUAUUAAUUUGGAUGUUAGCAUUCUUACUGAUAAAUGGUAUGGCGAGAGUCAAAAAUUGACUGCUGCUGUAUUUUCAUUGGCUGUAAAACUUCAACCGUGCAUCAUCUUUAUAGAUGAAAUAGAUUCCUUUUUGAGAGCACGCAAUUCGCAAGAUCAUGAGGCAACGGCUAUGAUGAAAGCACAAUUUAUGUCAAUGUGGGAUGGUCUAAUAACCGAUCCAUCUUGUACCGUGAUCGUAAUGGGAGCAACAAACAGACCCCAAGAUUUAGACAGAGCUAUUCUAAGGCGUAUGCCUGCUACUUUUUAUAUAGGAUUACCUAAUGAAGAACAGAGAAUACAAGUCCUAAAGUUAAUAUUGCAGCAUGAACCAAUUGCAGACAAUGUAGAUAUUAAAAAGAUUGCUAAAAUGACGGAAGGUUUUUCUGGCUCGGAUUUGCAAGAACUGUGUAGAAAUGCAUCUGUAUAUCGUGUUAGAGAUUAUCUACGAACACAUGCACAAGAUAUAGGCGAAACAAGUGCAAGUACUAGUACAGACGACGAAGAAUUUCACGAUGCCGUACGUCCUAUAACGAUGGAAGACCUUCUCACGUCCUACAGGAAGUUAAAAACAUCUAAGUUGCAUACAGGCACCUUAAAUUCUGUUAGGUUAGAUUUAGAUUAAAUACAAGAAGAUCGAGAUUAUCGACAUGUAAUGCAUUAACUAAUUUUUAUUCAAUAAGUCGGAUUACGUUUAAUAAAACAAAGAUCUUACAGUCGGAACAGUUUUAUAACUGUGCUCGAUCUUUUUACAAAGAUAAAUACUUGCAGAAGAUUUCAUGAUGUAUGGAAAUAUAAAGUCAUAAUUGUCCGAGUAUAUGCACAUUAUCUUCUUUUUUAUUUAUUUUUUUUUUUUCAUUUAUUUAUUUAGUGGAAUUAUAGCAAGAUUCAUUAGACUUCUUUAAAAAAUUUGACAUAAGUAUGUUCAAAAUAUUGAAUCUUCCAUAUGUACAUUUCACUUAGAAAAUUUCAUGCAAAUGAAAUCUUCCAACUAUACUUAUUGUCAUUGUUGUUUUCAGAGUAUACACAAUAAUUGUGAAAAACCUAUUCACAUUUGGACAUUCAUUUAUUAGAAGUUUAUAAUAUUUAUUGUUUUUUAGGGAAGAUACACUUUUUGUGAACUUUGGAUUAGAUAAUUCAUGAAAUCAGAUAUCUUGUAUAAAUGAACACAUCUAUUCUGAGUCCUAUUAAUAUAUAACUGAAUAUGUAAUUAAAAAUAAUGUUGUAUGUAUCCAUUGUAUAGAAUCAGUUUUGUUUUGAAGACAGUAAUAUAUUAUAUAAUAUAAUCACAAUAGGAAUACGUAAGUGAAACUUAAGAGAACAACUUUUCUUUUUAAUUCAAACGUUGUUGGAUUAUCUAUAAAAGCAGAUUAAAUUAUUCUUUCUAUGAUCUAACUUAUUUUAUAAAGUUAUAUCGCUGUUAUCCGAGGCUGAAAUGAUAUUUAGAUAAAAUGUACAAUUUGAAGUAAUAGUACAAUGUGAGAAGAAAAAAAAUAUGUGGUAUUAUAUUUUGCACAAAGUUUAUGCUUAUAUAGUUGAAAGAGAAAAGAAUUUUAUCUGCGACAUAUUGAAAUCAAUUCAUCAUAUAAAUAUAUAUCUCAUAAUCAGUAGAAUGUGUACGUAACAGAAGGAUUUGUCUCAAUUUAGAUAUAUUAAUAAUUAAGUUUCAUUAUCUGAUAUGAUCAGUGGAUAUGUUUAACUUCAAAUUUUAAGAUAUCGUAAAAAAUAAAGUUCCAAAUAUGGCACGUAUUCACAUUUCGAAGGGAAUGUGAAAGAACAGAAACAAAAAGAAAAAAAAAAACACCAAAAAAUACGUCUAAUAUAGAUAUUAUUAAAAAACGCUUUGUUUCUAAACCACUGCGAAGUUUGAAUGUAUGCAAAUAAAAAAAGAAGAUUUUGUA